GAGUGGCAGAAACAGAUGCUGGGGAACAGACUAUUUUCUAUAUCCUACUCGCCAAGAAAUGAGGAUGACAGUGACGAUUCGGAAGGGGAGAAUCAAGAACUGGCACUGAUUGACCAAGAAAGUCAAAGGAAUUGUCGCCUGUCGUCAUUGUCGCCGAUAUGUCGUGAAAGUCAGGAGCACCUCUGCAAAGUACGGACUGUAUUUGAUCCACUGGACUGCGAGAGCUCUGAGGAAGAGCUUGAACGCAUCAACAGAGAAUUUGGAGGGGAGAAGCGCAAGUGGUCGCAGGUGAACAGACUCAGUUGCUACAGCGACAGUGCGUCGUCUAGCGAUGAAGAGGUCAAAGACUUGUGUGGCAUGUCUUUCAAGCCUGUACCACAAGCCGAUCAGAAGUAUAUCCACAGCAGCCCUGUGCCAUUCAGUGCCACCCCUCCUAAAAGACUCCAUCCCUUGGUCCAGAGGCCAUCCGGACAGAUCAUACUGCACAGUGUCGGCACCUCAGUUGACCAGGCGACACCCUGCAAACGGCACCGACAGGGCCAAGACUUCAGCAGGCCAAGCCUGGAUUUGGAGAAAAUGCAACAGGUUGGUGCAAAGUUGACAGUGAAUCUAACAGAAAAGAUGUUACUGAAGAAAAGCUGUGAAGCUAAAACAAGAAUUAUUAAAAUUCGAAGCAUCAGUGGCAGCUGCCCCCCACCGCGAUACUUGUACAACCCAUCGAGCUUUGCGUUUCGCCCGCUGAGCACCUUGGCCCCCGUGAGUCCAAUGGCUCCAGUUGAAGAACCACCAUGUGCCUACUGAAGGAUGUGCUGACCCUUUUCUGCAGAGAGCUGCCUGGGAGGCGAGUUGUGACAGAGGAGCAGGACUGGGACUCCCCAGCGGGCACUGCCAGGCUUGUGCCUGCCUGUUGGAGCAGUCCGUAAGAACUGAUUAUUUUUGACAGAUUAAUGUGAUCAAAAGUAUGAAACUUUAUUGCUAGGACGGGCUUUGUAACAUUCCUAGGUCUGUGCUGGAGCUAUUAAAGAACAGUGGAUGAUGGACAUUGAAAUUUCUACCCUUGUAUAAAUAGUUAUAUUAAAUAAAGGAACACCUUUGUAUA